AUGGGGUGCGUUUCUUCAAAUCUCUUGAACCAAGACGAAGACUUUACCCAACUGGGUUCCUCCGCCUUGGGCCACCACAUCGUCUCCCUUACCUCCACCACCUACGGCCUUCUCACCCUCGACCCACCUCACACCACCACCACCACCACCCCUUCUACACCUCCUUCACGUUUCACCCUAGCCUCUCUUUUCCCCUCCGAACCUAACUCCGAACCUAAGUCCCUCUGGUCCGAACCAAGACCCUUCCGCUCCGAACCCGAGAUCAUUAACUCAUGGGAACUCAUGUCCGGUCUCGACGCCGACAGCUUCCGCUUCUCCAAAGAAAACUCCAACCCUAACCGCCUCACUCCCCCGACCGGCUCCAGACUCCUUACACCCACAAAACCCGGUUCAACGCCGCCCAACCGGUUCGACCAAAUAUGUCCCCCGAACGGGGAGAACCGCGUGGUGAUCUACACGACGACGUUGCGCGGUGUGCGGAAAACGUUCGAGGCGUGCAAUGCGGUGCGCGCGGCGUUCGAGGCCUUCGGCGUGGCUAUCUGCGAGCGUGACGUUUCCAUGGACAGCGGGUUCCGGGAGGAGCUCAGAGGCUUGCUGAAGGGGAAGCCGAGAGAAGCGAUGGUGCCUCCGAGAGUGUUCGUGAAGGGCCUCUACAUCGGUGGCGCAGAGGAAAUGCUUAGGGUUGCCGAAGAGGGUCUUCUUGGAGACCUGCUUAAGGGGUUGCCGAAGAAGAAGGUUGGAGCGGUUUGUGAGGGUUGCGGGGACAUGAGGUUCUUGCCUUGCUUCAACUGUAAUGGGAGUUGUAAGAGUGUUGUUAAGGAAGGGGGGAGAGUGACUGUGGUUAAGUGUGUGCAUUGUAAUGAGAAUGGGUUGGUGUUGUGCCCUGUUUGUAGUUGA